AGGUAACACACAACAGGAAUUGAAGAAACACAACGCUUGAGGCCAAUCAGCCGUAGAGACACACCGAUGAGAGGAAAGUGAAAUAACCAGCUGGAGGUUAACAAUCUGACGGAGGAUCUCAGCAUCAUGAAGAUCUUUCUUCUUCUCCUCCUCCCUCUGAUGACAGGCUGUAAGGACACCUUUCGUGUGAAGGGAUGCAGAAAUGGAUGGGUUGAAUUCAUCUGUGAAUACCCUGAAACAGAUGAAACAUAUACAAGUGUUGCUGUAGUUAAGGUUCAACGUACGCUCAUAGAAAGCACUAAGGAGAAUGUGUGGGAAAGCAAUGACAGAUAUUCUGUGUACAAUGACACAAAUAAUGAAAAUGUCAGGGUGGCCAUCAGACAACUUGAAGACGAGGACUCUGGGGAAUAUAAGUGUGUAUUUAAACCUGGCUCUUCUGAAGAAGAGAUGGAGAGAAAAGUGAACUUGAAAGAUGUGAAAAAUGAAUGCCAGGAACCAUUCAUUCAAACUGCGUACAGAACAGCUAAAACCACCAUCUCAUGUCGUUACAAAGGAAAGUCCAAAGUCAAGUUUUUCUGCAAAGACAACGGAUCAAUCUGUGAGAAUAUUGUAUCAACUAGAUCUUCUCUGAGGUCAAACGGGACAUUCAAUCUCACAGAAAGCAGCAGUAGCUUCAACAUGUCCAUCAGUAAUGUGUCCUCACAGCAUGCUGGUGUCUACUGGUGUGGAGUGGAACGUAAAGGAGGACGUUACCGAGCUGCACUCAGAAAUAUAACACUGAAGGUUGAAGAUACUAUUAGUAACUUCACAAGGUUUCCUACAAUUGGACAGAAUUUCACAUACUGGUGUGUAUACUCAAAAGGACAACCAGAAAACCAGAUUAAAUUCAUCUGCAAGGGAGAAGAUCCAUCCAUAUGUGAACCUCUAGUGACCACCGAACAGCUCAAACAGAACACUGGGAGGUUUUCCAUGGAGGACGACAAAGAGAAGGGAAAUAUCACCAUUACAGUGAGAGACGUAACAUCAGAGGACACCGGGACAUACUGGUGUGGAGCUAAAACCAGUGACAAAACACGCAGCAACCCAUUCUUCCACAGAUUGGUGAUGACUGCCGGUGAGUUGUCGGAUUAUUUUAUGGUUGUCAGGCCGAUUCUAAAGUGA